AUGUGCAAGCACUUCUUCAAGCAAUUACCCAGGUACGUGCAAGUGAAAGUGGAACCAUCGGAGAAUCACCUAAUAAGCUUCGUCGGCCACAACGUAUGGAUAGAGGGAACAAUCACACAACCACUAACUGUUAUCAAUUAUCACAAUAGGAGGAAUAAUACAAAACUCAUAUGUUUCGUUAUCAUAAAUGCAUAUGCACCAUAUGAUAACAUCUUUGGGAGGACGACAAUGCACAAUUUCAGAGCCAUAGUGUCCACGAUUUACAGAGUAGUCAAGUUCCAAGCAAUGUAUGGGAUCAGAACGAUGUAUACCAAAAGGAAAUUAGGACAAGAAGAAAAACAUGGGGAUGCACAAAACAUGAACAAUAAUUUUGGUCGAUCCAAAAUCAGUGGGGGUAACAAGAUGUUGUUGGAGAAAAAAAUGAGGAACAACAAUCGGAACACAUUGGAAAACGAGCGAGGGCCAACCCAGGAGGAAAUAAAAGAAGAUGGAUGCUUAAACAACUUUGAAAUACAUUCGAAAGAUCACCAUUUCUCUUUAGUCGAUCAACCCGUACCAAGGAUCAUUAUUUAA